AUGGGCUUCAUACACAUUGACGAUUUACCGAGCCAGUAUGAGCAACCGAGCGAGAGCGCUGUGGUACAGGCUAAGGACCAGCUAAAUAGUACCGGCGCUAGAUCAUUUAAGGUCGCGGGGCUUGUCUCUGAUCAAGUGUCCACGCCAACAUGCAUGAAGGAAGAGAUUGUGCUUUUGUCCUGGCUCAUAGUUCUUCUGCGAACCAGAGAAGAUGGACGUGUUAGCUAUGAGUGGGCAUAUCAGAGCCAGGGAGAUUCAUCAAAUGGUGGAGGGGCAAACAAGCUUUCGACCGACGAAGUACUCCCUAACUUGCAAGAUAAUGUGGGAGAGACCCUGACUUCGAUUUCUCGUCACAUUGAGAAUGCGAAGGGAAGCCUGAAAACAGCAGGAUCCAGGGCUUCAUCACUUCUGCUAAGCACUGGUUCUCUGUCAGAGUGCUCGGAUGGCACUAAUAACGAUGGUGUGCUCAAGAUUCAAGUUUCCGUGCAGAAUGGAGACCUCAAUAUCUGUCCUCUGUGGCAUUCUGAAAAUAUUCUGCCAUAUACAAUCACCCGACACAUUGAAUCGCUAGUUGAUACAAUUGAAAUGUGUAUCUCUAGCCCCGAGAAAGCUGUCGAGGGGUGUCUUCGUGCGACAAUGCAUGAUCUUGAUACAUUAUGGAGCUGGAAUAAUGAGCUUCCACCAACAUAUGACUUCUGUAUGCACGAGAUGAUCUCAGAGCGUGCCCGAGAAUUCCCCGACAAAGAGGCUAUUCUAUCCUGGGAUGGUGCUUUAACAUACAGCGAGAUCGAUCGCUACUCAACAGUGCUCGCGUCUACGCUUCGCGAAGCGGGGGUCGUACUCCAUGACUUCAUACCUCUUUGCUUUGAGAAGUCAAGGUGGACGAUCGUCGCUGUACUUGCCGUGAUGAAGGCCGGUGGAACUAUUGUGCUCAUGGAUCCCACGCUACCACUCGCCCGGCUUCAGAACAUGGCUAAGCAGGUGAAUGCAAAGACAAUGGUGUCAUCUGGAAACCAAAAGGUCUUGGCAUCGUCUAUUCUACCAGACGGACAGAGAUUUAUCGUGGAAGCAGACACCUUUUCGCAUAUCUCGACUUCUCAAGUGUUACCUGAGCUUCCACCUGUACCGGCUUCAGCCUUGAUGUACAUCAUUUUCACGUCUGGAAGUACAGGCACACCCAAGGGCGUCAAAAUUUCCCACAGCACCUAUACCAGUAGUGCCAUUCCACGAGCGAAAGCAGUGGGAUACACAAGCACUUCCCGAGUUCUCGACUUUGCGUCAUACGCCUUUGAUGUCAGCAUUGACAGUAUGCUGCUGACUUUGGGGAAUGGUGGCUGCCUUUGUAUUCCCUCAGAUGAGGAUCGGUUGAAUGACAUUAACGAAGUCAUUCGGAAGAUGAGAAUCAACUACGCUGGUAUCACUCCUUCUAUGGCUCGAAUUUUGGAUGCAGAUGUUAUCAAAUCGCUGGAUAUCCUGGGUCUGGGUGGCGAAGCUGCUUCAGCAAGAGAUGUGACUGUCUGGGGUCAAGAUACCAGAAUUGUCAUCGGGUACGGUCCCUGCGAAUGUACCAUCGGAUGUACUAUCAACAGCAGUGCUGCGACUGGCAGAGACUAUAUUUCCAUCGGACCUGGCAAUGGUGCGGCUAUGUGGAUCGUCGACCCCAAUGAUCAUGAAGUAUUGAUGCCGGUUGGAGCCGUUGGUGAGCUUCUUGUUGAAGGUCCCAUCGUUGGACAGGGCUAUUUGAACGACCCCGACAAGACUGCAGCUGCAUUCAUUCAUGACCCCUCAUGGCUUGUGGCUGGUCACAAGGGAUACGCUGGCAGGCAGGGUCGUCUGUACAAGACCGGAGAUCUCGGUGUAUAUGAUCCCGAUGGCUCUGGAGGCAUCGUGUUCGUAGGUCGCAAGGAUACCCAAGUCAAGCUACGCGGGCAGCGUGUGGAACUCGGAGAAAUUGAAAGUCAACUCAAUGCCAGACUGCCCUCGGAAGCAACCGUGAUUGCUGAGGUUAUUGUACCCCAAGGAGCUGGGGGUCAAUCUACUCUUGUUGCGUUUGUUUCCUUCAAAUCAGCCAAGGGACAAGAGCACCUGGGAAUUCAGUCAGCCGAGCUCGCUCCUGAACAAAGCCAAUCCCUGUCCGAUGCCAAUGCAGAUAUAUCAAAGGUCCUGCCUCGGUACAUGGUUCCAACGGCUUAUAUUCCCGUCAAUUACAUUCCCACGUUGAUCUCGGGAAAGACCGACCGCAAGCGACUUCGCCAAUUCGGUACUACCGUCGACUUGCGAGAGCUGGACCAACGCACUGGGAACGCCGUCUCUCGGGAAUUGACCGAACUUGAGCAACGCCUAAGACAAGCAUGGGGCGUGGCAUUGAAACUGGAGGCGGAGAACAUCCGGCUUGAGGAUAACUUCUUUGCGCUCGGUGGCGACUCAUUGGCUGCAAUGCGUCUUGUUUCCAUCUGCAGAGACCAAGGCCUUGAUCUCUCUGUGACUAGCACUUUCGGCAACCCUACCCUUUCGGCCAUGGCUGAAGUUGUCAAGAUUUGUGACGGGCAAGUCCGAUCUGAAGUUGCUGCGUUCUCUAUGAUCACUCAAGCCGUUGAAAGUGCAUCCAUCGAGGCGUCACAGGCCUGUGGGGUUGAUCGAGAUGCUGUUGAGGAUAUCUACCCGUCUACGCCAACGCAAGAAUCUCUGUUCACCUUCUCGCUCAAAUCGGUCAAAGCAUAUGUUGCUCAAAGAGUUGCUUGCAUUCCAACACACGUUAGUCUCGAUACCUGGAAGAAAGCAUGGGAAGACGUGAUUGAGGCAAGCCCAAUCCUGCGCAGCCGCUUGGUUCAACUUCAAGACCCAGGCCUUCAGCAAGUGGUGCUGAAAGUAGGCGUCGAUUGGAAGCACUCCACCAACCUUGACCAAUACCUCGAAGAUGAUCGCAGUGAAAAGAUGCAGCUUGGACAGAAUCUCGCCCGAUAUGCUAUUGUUGACAAUUCCAUCGAUGGUAAGCGUUACAUGGUUUGGACGGUACACCACGUUCUUUAUGAUGGAUGGUCGGAGCCUGUCAUUCUUGAAAAGGUUCGCAAUGCGUUGGGGUGUCAAAAGAUUGAGAUGCAGGCACAUAUGAAGGACUUUGUAAAGUUUGUGCGGGAUACCGAUGAAGUCGCCAUGCAUGAUUUCUGGCGACAGGAGUUGAACGGUGCUGUUGGACCCCAGUUCCCGCGCCUCCCAUACCGAGACUAUUUGCCUACUCCCAACGGCUUGGUUGAGCGUAUAAUUCCCUUUGAGGCUGGUGCUGGGUCACCUUUUACGCUGGCCACUUUCAUUCGGGGUGCGUGGGCUCUUGUCGCAUCUCAAUACACGCGCAGUGACGACGUGGUGUUUGGAGAGACGCUCACUGGUCGUGACAUUUCGCUUCCGGGAGUUGAAGGCAUUGUUGGCCCGCUCAUUGCAACCGUCCCAAUUCGCAUUCAUGUCAGUCGCAACAGCACUGUAGAGUUAUAUCUGCAGGCUGUGCAGCAGGGUAUCCUUGCACGGACUCCCUACCAGCACAUGGGAAUGCAGAACAUCCGAAAGGUCAGCCGCGAUGCUCAGCAUGCAUGCGAAGCUGGCACUGGUCUGGUAGUUCAGCCGGAGCCGGAGUACGAAGGCAGCGACCUUGGCUUCGAAUAUGGCGAUGUUGUCCGCGAGGCCCUUCACUUCAAUCCUUAUCCCCUCAUGCUGGCUUGCGGUAUCCGGAAAGGGGGCUUCAGAGUCUGUGCAAGCUUUGACAGCGGUUUAGUCAGUGUGUCACAAAUGGAGCGAGUUCUGGCUCAGCUUGAAGUGGCUUGCUCCCAGCUGGCAAAGGACCUUUCCAGGAAGGUUGAUGAGAUAUCUUGCCUCCCCGAGGAAGAGUUGACACAAAUCUGGCGACACAAUCAGACUGCUCCUUUGUCCCGGGAUGAAGCAUCAGGAAAGCUUCGAGCCAGGGAAGAUAUUAAGCAAGGAUCAGUGUACCCUCCAUCGGUAGUCCACUGGGUAUGUGAUCCACGAAAUCCCUCGCUGUUGUCACCCAUUGGUUGCCCCGGUGAGCUUUGGUUGGAAGGGGCCUGCCUUUCAGGCGAGACUGCGGAGUCCCCAGCGUGGCUCCUAGCUGGAAGCUCGGAGGUUACUGGUCGAUCAGGAAAUAUGCAACCAACUGGCGACAUUGUUCAACAACAAGAAGAUGGCAGCCUGGUGUUUGUCGGUCGCAAAGAAAAUAUUGUCCCAGUGCAGGGACAUGCGGUGGAUAUCGCGGAUCUUGAAACUCAUUUCUCAAGAUACCUCCCAUCCUCAAUCCGCGCGGCUGCAGCCGCCUUCCAGUCAUCGCAGGGCGAGUCAGACCAGGUAUCAGAGCUGCAGCUGGCCGUGUUUGUGGAAAGCCAGCCUUCCGAGGGCGACAAUGUGGAGCUCAUCCUGGAGAACCAUGAUAUUGUCUGGGACGCUUCGGAUCCGCAGAGCCUGAAGACGACUGUUUGCGCUUCAGCACCUGUCGUCCUCGUCGUAGCACUGAAGCGACUCGACAAAUUCUUCAGAGAUUCACUCCCCACUCACAUGAUGCCUUCUGUUUACAUUGUGGUUGAUAAGUUGCCGACGAACCAUAACCUGUUGAACCAGCUUGCCUCGAAGAUCCCGGGUCCAGUGCUUGACCAGGUACACGAAGGCCUACAAGAGGCAUGGAAGAAAAGCUUGGCCCAAGCAAGUUUGACUGGCCCCGAGAAUAUUUUGCGAUCAUCCUGGGCCAAGAUUCUAGGAAUGCAGGCAGACCAAAUCGACGUCGACGACAAUUUCUUCCGUCUCGGUGGUGACUCCGUUCUGGCGAUGAAGCUAGUUUCUAGUCUUCGUGCCCAAGGCCAUUCCUUGACCGUCGCAGAUAUCUUCCAGCAUAUGCGUCUGGGCGAUGCGGCGAAGAAGCUGAAAGUGGGACAAUCACCACAGGCCAAAGUCCAGCCUUACAAGCCAUUCUCUGUCUUGGGAUCGAUUGACGUUCAGCAAUUCCUUUCUGAGGUUAUUCAGCCGAAGCUUGCUCAUCCAACUUUGUCUGUUCAAGAUGUCUACCCUGUCACAGAUACCCAAGCACUUGAUGUUCGUGGAACCAUUCAAAUCCCCCGGACCUCCAUUCAGUAUAACAUGUUGCAUUUCGACAGUGGCAUCGAUCGUCAAAGAUUGUUCCAGGCUUGUAGGGAUCUCGUUAAGACCCACGACAUUCUUCGGACUGUGUUUAUCGAAGAAAACGGCACUAUUUUCCAAGUUGUCUUGAACGAACUGGAGGUUGCUUUGACCACGCACCUGGCGGAUCAAGAUAUUGAUUCAUUUGUCAAGGAUCUCUGCGCUGAGGAUGCUAAUUCAGACUUCCAACUUGGCUCGCCAUUCUUCAAGUUCAUCCACGUUGCAGGUGAUGAUAGCAAGGAAUGCCUCAUCUUGGGCAUAUCCCACGCUCUAUAUGAUGGGAUGUCGCUCCCUAAGCUGCUUCAAGAUUUGGAGGCACUGUAUAUUGGGAAGACAGUCGUCGACUAUGAGCCUUUCUCCUCGUACAUUGCCCGUGUCCGCGACAUCCGCUUCCAAACAAAAUCUCUUGGCUAUUGGAGUACUUUACUCGAUGGCUCAUCUUUGUCUCUCCUGGAUGGAACAUCUUAUCAGCCAGGAGACAAGGGUGUGUUCAAAUCUAAGCCCGUUGAAUCAUGCCAACCCCUGGAGGACAUUACAACUGCAAACUUGUUGACUGCAGCAUGGGCUCUGCUCUUGGCUCGUCGCCUCAGCAAGACUGAUGUGACUUUUGGGGGCGUUACAUCCGGCCGCAUGAUUGAUGUUGCCAACGUGGAAAAUGUCGUGGGCCCAUGCUACCAGCUCACCCCCAUCCGCGUUCAGUUCCAGGCAGAAUGGACAGCGUUGAAUCUUCUGCAAUUUGUUCAAAAGCAGAGUGCCGAAUCUGCGGCCCACGAUUUCCUUGGGUUCGAGAAAAUUGCCAAGCAGUGCACUUCAUGGCCAUCCAACACACAAUCGUUUGACUCCAUUGUUCACCAUCAAGACUUUGAUGACUUUGACACUAUGCCUUUUGCGGAAGGAUCUUGCAGAGUUGAGAUCUCCAAUCCUCAUGGCGAUGCCCCGUAUCCCUUCAAGGUGGUCUCUUUUGUGCGAGGUGGUAAAGUGCAUGUCGGAGCCGUUGGGGCUGAAAGGGACUCAGCCCUGGUUGAUGAAAUCUUGGAUGAUCUGGCUGCAACUGUUGCUGACCUGUCGAAUGGCUCUGAAGCAGUCUUGCUUGAUGAGAAGGUGUUUUAG